AUGAACCAGGAUUGGGUGGCGCUACCUCCAAAGUCGCCAAUCGCUCUCCGCUAUGCCAACGGAUUCGCACGACGCCCGCUGACAAGCAUUCACAAACUCAACGAAUGCCACCAUUUCCACUACCCGUCGGUGGAACUCGGCCCAGUACAAGUGAAGGUGGACGAUGUGGAAAAGACGCUGCCCACCAUCAAUGAUGUCACCGUUACACUCGCCAUCUUUAGCAAUAACGCGACAUGGAAAAUCCGCAGGACGUUGGCAGAAAUUUUUGGAUUUGAUCGGCAAUUACAUCGCUGCGUUUUUGACCGUCGCCACUCUCGACUCGACGAGUUGGAGUGCGUAUGCGGGGUGUCCGAUUCCAAAGAGGUCCUAACAACCUAUUUCGGCCGAUUCUCGCAGCUCACCGGCAGUGUGAUUACCUGUUAUCCGGUGUUGAAGUUUUUGGAGAUAGACUCGCGUGGACACCGAUUCUGCGCGGCCGAGCAGUCGGCCAUCAACACGCCAGCAAUCGCCGCCGCCCUCGUCACCAAACAUUUCAAGGGGAGGACGCCUGAACAGCUCUCCAUACGGGUGGGCGACAUCUUGUCGAUAAUCGAAAUGUCGGCGGUGCCGUCAAACGGGUCGACGUGGUGGAAAGCAAAGCUGACGAUCCCCGUCGGAAAUCACGGUUCACUUGACGGCGACGACGACGCUGACACGGACAACAACGGAAAUAUACGGGUAUUCCAAAUUGGCUACUUCCCAUCCGAUUGUGUGACGCUAUUCGACGAUAAGGCAGUCACCACCCCUAGCCCGAUAGCCCCCAAACGGUUACCUUUAACGGCAGCAAAACGGAUUGGCGAGAUGGUGCGCAGAAAGGUGAAGCGAAAGGAGCCGGUGUUUAGCGUCGAUCUCGUUCAGCAUCUCCAGCGAACCGCUAGGCCAGUGCCGCUAAUCCUGCAACGAUGUGUGGAGGCAAUAGAAAAACAUGGAAUUGUGACUGGCAUAUAUCGACAGUGCGGCAUCCAGUCUAACAUCCAGAAAUUACGGGCAAAGUUUGACUGCGGACUGGAGCCGAACCUCUCCGAAUUUGCCAUCGUGAGAGACAUCUACUCCGUCUCCUCCCUGCUCAAACAAUAUUUCCGACAGCUACCCAACCCCCUCUUCACCUUCGAACUCUAUGCAGAUUUGAUCGCGGCCGGUGAGCAACGGGACGAGCGGAUACGGGUUGAGUGCCUUCGUGAUGUUUUGCAACGGCUUGUACCCGAGCAUUAUAGAACCGCACGCUACCUGAUUUUCCACCUCUCACGGCUCUGCGAGCAAAAAGACCUCACUGAUAUGAGCUCGCGUAACUUCGCCAUCGUCUGGGCACCAAAUUUGUUUCGAGCGCCACCUACACUCGGUGAAGGCGAUUCACACCUGUUGAGCGGACUAAAUAUGCACACUGCCCUCUGCCAUUUCAUGAUAAACCAUGCGGCGGAAUUGUUUCCGGAGGAGCAAGAAAAUGACGUCUUCCCAGAAGUGAUCUCAACCCAAGUAAACGGUCGUCCCCUGUUCGACGUGCCCUCUAAUGCUUCCCUCGGCACCUUAUCAUCACAACAAAGCAAUGGAUAUUCUGAUGAGAAAGCACCUUCACGGUGGUCGCGCUUUAUCCGUGGCACCUCGGUGGAACAACUGAUUGGCGGGUUGGGGAGGAGACAGACCACCCAAGUAUAUGGAGGAUCGUCUGCCAGCAACACGCCAGUGGCCAAUAUUCGGAAUGACAAGGAGGGGAUCAAGUGGAGAAGAAGUCGCUCGACCGAUGCGGCCAUGCGGCAAUCGCGCUCCGAAUCGCUACUAUCGAUGGUGCACCGAGGGGCAGAGGGAUUGAGAGAAGGCGUCAGAAGCCUUGCUGGUCGUGCCCGCUCGAUGCGCCCAUAUGGGGGACAAAGAGCAUCAACAGUCGAAACGAAGAUGCACGACAGCACCGUGUCAACAACUUCGCAUUUAACCUCUGACGUAAAGGACGUCGCACCCAACAAAAGCCCCUCGAUUUUGCGCCGCUUCUCCCACAGGGAACGAAACGGUGUUGGGACGCCAGAUUCACCCCGCCGGGCAGUCUACUUCCAUAAUGACGUUUCGGAACAUGAAGAAGACGAAGCCGAUGAAGCUGUAAACAAAGCAGCUGAAGAAAACGUGACAAAUGUAGAGGUAGAAAAAGAACUGGUUCCGCUCGCCGAACGCUCGUCUCCGGUUGAAGAGUGGUCAUCCGAUGAGCCGGAUGUUGCAAGGUCGAGCUCAUCCAGCCCGCAACUCGAGAUGAGCCGCUACGACAAUGUGACCCCAACGAAGGACUUUAAAUACAUAAUAAGGAAAGACUUGUUCCCGACAAUCGCCGAAGACAACUCCCAA